AGCCGCUGGCUCGCGAAGAAAACCGCCUUACUAGACCACUAUGGCUCAGGGUACAAAUCUGACUUCAUUGAUGGCGUCCUUGAACGCAGCUGAUCCUGGGGCAAUACAGCCUCCGUCGAAAGUCCCAUAACUGGGCAAGCGGAAUCCUCGACCGCCACCACGAUCCUUCGCAACGAUGACCCUCUCACACUGGCGCUCCGUGGAGGAGCUGCUCUCGACAUGGACGAUAUUGCUCGUCUUGAUCGAGCCAUGUCACCAGCCUAUGAUACCAUCUCGUCAAUAGGAACGUCGAGCACAGCCGUCUUCAGUACCCAUGACAAUUCGACUGUCACUAAGCCCACCACAACUAGCACACCAUAUCACAGCAAUGUAGACAAGGGCAAAGGCAAAGCUAAGGUGCCGUAUGCCUCGUCGCUGUCGGUGGCCUAUGGGUCAGGUUCGGAGGCAGAAGCACAACGGGAUACCGCUCGAGGGAACGCACUCUUUGCCAUGGGCGAUUGGGCAGCGGGAGCUUCGGUACCUGCCGAACCACUCAAGGGCUCUGCAAGAGCAAAGAGACGGUAUCGCUUUGAUCGACAGAUGAAGCAGAAGAAGCCAGUCGUCAAGAUCAUUCAUCACGGAAAUCCUGCCGGUACUCCAUCUGAGGGAGUUACCGUAGCUGGAGAUAACGAUCAGGUUGUUACAGUGGCACACGUAAACGACACCUCCGAGAAACGGUACUUGCGCAGGCGCGUCACUCAUCACAACGACGAUCAGCUUCGUCUCGCUGAAGAAGGGCAGAUCUGUUCUGCACCCAUGCAUAUUUCGUCUCGUAGGCCAUUGUCACUCACUCGAAUCAGUCUCCUCAUUGGGCUUACGGCCAUGAUGAUCGUGACCAUAGCACUUUCCUCUUUUGGUGCUCAUCACACUGGCAAAGAACGGAUUGCCUGCACAAAAGGGAUUGUCUUCGGUGCUACAGUGCUCAUGGCAUGCUUCACGGUUCUCGCGAUGAUGGUUGCGAGGCGAGCUGUGCAGGAGGCCUUGCUCGCGGGUCUACUGGAGACCAUUAUCGGAUUUACUCUCCUGGUGGAGCUUGACGACUUCAUGUGACUACCCUUUUCGGCAAUUACGCUGUCAUGGCUCCUGCAUCUGGGGCAAGUCAAACAGUCUUCCUGU